AUGGCUUAUUUACAAAGGUUGGUGAAGGGUGAAGCUGGAUCCGGCCCGGAGGUGCUCUCUCCCGACUCAAAAGUUAUGCUAAAAUCUGGUCGUGAAAGAUUUCACAAGGCCUUAGUUAUGCUCCAAAAGGAACCCGCGGUCGAGAAUUUGGUCGUUGACUUAUCUUCUGACAAGGAUUUCUGGAAUGCUAUCAUGAACAACAAGGCUGUUCAGGAUCUCCAAAGCUCCAUUUCUCAAGAACGAGAAACGCAACUCCAAAUGCAAGAAGGACCCGACAUGGGAACCAUGGUUCUGGGAUGGAUAGAGGAGAUGAUUGCGAGGUCAAAGAUACGAGAAUUGAUCGAGAAAAUUGGUGCGAUGCUGGCCGAGGUCUUUGUUCCUAAACAGAAAGAGAAGCCCACAUCAGAACUCACUGAUCUCGUUGAAGAAAAGAUUAGGUCUUCGUUCCUUCUUGCUGUGGUGGUUAUUUUCAUUGUGGUUUUCACCAGAAACUGA